CUCCAGGCCCUCCGGUAGCAGCAGCGGUGAGAUCUCAUUUCAACGAGUGUCCGUUUUUUUUUAGCUAGUUCGGUGCCCGCGUCCCCUGCCGGUUCCUGGUGCAGGAGGAGAAGCCGGCGUGUGUGUGUCACUCGGGGUACGUGGGGACGCGGUGUGAACACGCCGAUCUCCUGGCCGUGGUGGCCGCCAACCAGAAGAAGCAGACGAUCACCGCCUUGGUGGUGGUGGCCGUGGUGGCCUCGGCGCUGCUCGUCGGUGUCUGUGUCCUCAUGCA